CAAACACAGCAUUAGAGAGAGAAACCUAUAAAUAAUUCCAGUGACUUCGUUGAGCUUGAACGAACCAUAUUGUUAAAAAGUAAUCAGAAUAUGCAUUUGGCGGGGAUCACCCCAUGAUUAAUCCAUCCAAAUAUAUUCCUUCCAUGUUCAUACUUUGCUUCGCCUGCACUGCGAGUAAGAAGAAGCUUUGACUGCGUUUCAGGAAACCAGGGUUCUAACCUCUACAUCUUCCUCCGCUCCUCGGUUCUCUCCAAAUGGAGAAUGGGAUCGGGAUAAUUGAGGGUUUCAUAAGGCAAAAGUCCAUUACGUCCCUCUUCCGCAGUGGUCGAAAGUCGGAAGAAGAGACGAGCGAUGACUUUUCCAAGCCCAUCCCUCAACUAUCUCCUAUCGCUAAUUCCGUCGUCAGUCGUUGUUCCAAGAUUCUUCAAAUUCCAACAGAAGAAUUGCAACAUUGCUUCGAGACUCAGCUGCCUGAGCAUGCUCAGCAUGUUUCUACUUAUGCUCGAAAUUUGCUAGAAUUCUGCUCAUAUCAAGCACUCAAUGUGUUGACUCAACGCCCAGAUUAUUUGAGUGAUAAAGAAUUCAGCUUAUUGACAUAUGAUAUGAUGCUUGCAUGGGAAGACCCUGGUGUUAAGAGCGAGCCUGAGCCCUUACACAAAGGAGAUGAAUCUUGCAAUGUUCAGGAAAAUGAGAAUGAGGAUGGAUGGUCAUUUUUUUAUUCAAAUUCAACAAACAUGGCUGUUCAGGUUGAUGACAAAAAAACUGUCGGACCAGAGGCUUUUGCACGAAUUGCUCCUGCUUGUGCUGCUGUAGCGGAUAUAAUUACAGUGCACAAUCUUUUUGAGGCACUCACAAGCUCUUCAGGUGGCCAGCUUCAUUUUUUCAUAUAUAACAAGUACCUUGGAAGCCUUGACAAGGUGAUCAAAAAUGCAAAAAGUGCCUCAGGGUUGCCUUUAGCUUCCAGCCUUACACUUGCUGAAGGAGAGGUCAUCCUAGAUGUUGAUGGUUGUGUUCCCACUCAACCAGUUCUGCAACAUACUGGCAUCUCUGCAUGGCCUGGGCGCUUGACACUGACCAAUUAUGCUUUGUACUUUGAAUCACUGGGAGUUGGUUUGUAUGAAAAGGCUGUUAGAUAUGAUUUAGCAACAGACCUGAAGCAGAUCAUAAAGCCUGAAUUGACUGGACCUUUGGGUGCUCGUCUCUUUGAUAAAGCUCUGAUGUAUAAAUCAACAGCUAUACCAGAACCUGUUUACUUGGAGUUUCCAGAAUUCAAAGGUAGUUCACGGAGGGACUAUUGGUUGGAAAUUAGUCUUGAGAUUCUAUAUGCUCACAAAUUUAUUAGGAAAUACAAACUCAAACAUACUCAGCAAGCAGAAGCACUUGCAAAGGCCAUCCUAGGCAUCUAUCGAUACCAUGCUGUGAGAGAUGCUUUCCAUAUUUGCCCGUCCCAUUAUAAGACUUUACUUGCAUACAACUUAGCAGAAAAGCUUCCAGGGGGAGAUACCAUUCUGGAAACUUUAUCAAGACACUUAGAAAUACUGAAUUCUGGUAUGUCUCAAGAUGAUGCCAUUGAGAGUUCAUCAGUUGACAUGAAACGGCAGCCUUCAUUGUCCCUGGUGUCAUUUAUUACACUCACUAGACUUGGCUUCAUGUUACCAAAACUGUUAGAUGUGGAGGUAGAAGCAAAGUUCCUGGAGAGGGAUAUUUGGGUUGGUAAAAUAAAUCCUUUGGAAUUGGCCGUGAAGCAAUUGAAAUGUAACACUGGAAGAGCUGAGGCAGCACAGGAAACCGUGAAUCAAGUGAAAGUGGAGGGAAUUGAUACAAACAUAGCUGUGAUGAAGGAACUAUUAUUCCCAGUAGUUGAAUUAUUUCAGCGGCUUCAGUUUUUGGCUUCUUGGGAUGAUCCUUUUAAGUCAGCAAUGUUUCUGGUGGUGAUUUGUUACACAAUUUUCAGGGGUUGGAUCAGGUACAUUAUCCCUUGUAUUUUUGUAUCCAUUGCGGCUUUCAUGAUUUGGCACAAGUUUUGCAACAAAGGGAAGCCAUUGGAAGCUUUCAUAGUUACAGCUCCUCCAACUCGAAAUGCUGUAGAACAACUGCUAUCAUUACAGGAAGCAAUUUCUCAAUUUGAAACACUGGUUCAAGCUGGAAAUAUUAUUCUCCUCAAGCUAAGAGCACUCUUGUUUGGUGCUCUUCCUCAGGCUACAGACAAGGCUGUUGUGUUUUUUAUCAUCAUGGCUGCAGUCUUUGCAUUUGUGCCUCUAUGGUUUCUGAUCAUGAUAGUAUUUCUUGAGGCAUUCACAAGGGAAAUGCCUUUGAGGAAAGAUCUCAGCGAUAGGUGGUUAAGGCGGGUUAGAGAAUGGUGGAUCGGGAUUCCAGCAGCCCCAGUUCAGCUAAUCAAACUUGAAGACAAGAAACGAAAAUGAAUAAUUCUUUGGACGGAGAGAGGUUCCUCUCCUAAUAGUCAUAGCAACUUGAAUAUCUCUUUUCACCUGUUCUUUGUAAUUAGUGUGUAAUUAUCUGGUUAUAAAGUUAAGUGUGCUUUGUCAAACUAUAUGGACUGGAAAUACAAAAUAAUAUGCCAAUGCUUUACAAGGA